CUUGCAUAUUUUCAAUUGAUUACACUUUUGGCUACGGAUUACACAGAAAAAAGUUUAUUCCCCCUUGAUUUUCUAGCACAACUUGUCAUCGAUCGAGAUCCCUUGAAGCUAUUCUGAUCAAAAUCGUUUAAUUGCUGAGAUUGAAGCGAAUUUCAUUGUUUUCCUUUUAUGGGCUUCGGGAUUAGUGAGAAUCAAUCGUACGGUGGAGCUAGAAUGAAUCGCGGUGAGCCAAAUUCUGAAGUUUGAGGAAGCAAUCAUGUGGUUUUCCUUCUGGAGAUCCAGAGAUCGAUUCUCCUUGGACGAACUCAGAUACUUAACAAACCAGCUGCAGAAAGUUCAAAUUGUUAAUGAAGUUAAUAAGGAUUUCGUUAUUGAGGCAUUGAGAUCCAUUGCGGAGUUGUUGACAUAUGGUGAUCAACAUGAUCCAUCCUUUUUUGAUUUUUUCAUGGAGAAGCAAAUCAUGGGAGAGUUCGUACGAAUACUGGAUAUUAGCAAAACUAUUAGUGUUGCUCUUCAGUUACUUCAAACAAUAAGCAUUUUGAUUCAAAACCUAAGAAGAGAAAAUGCCAUAUAUUAUAUGUUCAGUAACGAACAUGUUAACUACCUUAUAACUUAUUCAUUUGACUUCAACAAUGAAGAGAUACUUUCUUACUAUAUAUCAUUCUUAAGAGCAAUAAGCGGGAAGCUAAACAAGAAUACGAUUUCUCUUCUUGUAAAGACUCAAGAUGAAGAAGUAGUUUCUUUCCCUUUGUAUGUUGAGGCAAUACGGUUUGCUUUUCAUGAAGAAAGCAUGGUUCGCACAGCAGUGCGUUCGUUAACACUGACUGUUUAUCAUGUUGGAGAUGAUUUUGUCAACAAGUUCAUCACUAGUGCCCCUCAUUCUGAUUAUUUUACAAACUUAGUCUCAUUUUUCCGGGAGCAGUGCAUCAAUUUAAGCAAAUUGGUUUCUGAAUACCUAGAAAACCCAUGCUCGGAGUCAGUCUAUGCGAUACUUGCUACAGUGGAUGAAAUUGAGGACAAUCUCUACUAUUUUAGUGAUGUUAUCUCUGCUGGGAUUCCUUUUGUUGGGAGUUUAAUAACAGACAACAUUUUGCAGCUUUUGAUUCUUCCUUCGUUGUUUCCAGCUCUUCAAAUAGACACUGACAGUAGCCUGAAGAUUGGUGCAGUCACUUCUUUGUACCUACUUUGUUGCAUCUUGCGCACUGUAAAAAUCAAAGAUCUGGCAAACACCAUUGCUGCAGCGCUUUUAUAUCCACUUGAGUCUCUUGCUGCAAAUUCUGAAGCUAAAAUCAAUGGCUAUUUUUCUGGAACUAAUUGUGCAAAUGAAAAGGAAGAGCCAUACAGUGAUAGUGUUACCCCUGUGAAUCUUGGACAUUUACGUGUUGAUAUAUCUGGUGAGGCUAGUUCUUCACAUGUUCAUCCUGAAGGAAUUAUGGCAGAGAGAAGUUUUCCUUGUUCAUAUUUUUCUUUGAGGGAGACUUUGCUUUCCUAUAUCACUGAUGGAGAUGAUGCACGAGCCCUGGGUUCUUUGAAUGUGUUGGCUACAUUGUUGCAAACUAAAGAAUUGGAUGAGUCAAUGCUAGAUGUUCUUGGUAUUCUUCCUCAGCGCAAACAACACAAAAAACACUUGCUGCAAUCUUUGGUAGGCGAGGGCUCAGGCGAAGAGCAACUUUUUUCUUUUGAAAGCGGCUCCCCAAGAGAUAGUGUUAGUACUGAGCUUGAUGGAUAUUUAAAAAAGUUGAAGGAACAAUACGGAGUGUCUAUCGUAGGAGUGGGAGCAAGUCCUCGUAUACAUAGAAACCAGGUCCUUGAUGCAUUGGUCAAGCUUCUUUGUCGCUCAAACAUUUCUACAGAGAUUUUGUGGGAUGCCGGUUGGCUUUUGCGACAAUUGCUUCCUUAUAGUGAGGCGGAGUUCAAAACCCAUCAUCUUAAAUUGUUGAAGGACUCGUAUCGGAACUGCAGAAAUGCUCUUCUACAGGAGACUAAAGGGAUUUGGGUUGAUCUGCUUAAAACGGUGCUUUGUGAUCAGUGGAAAAAAUGCAAAAGAGCUAUUGAGGCUUCAUCCCCUCAAACGGAGCCCAAGAGCAUACUUUUGCCAUUUCAUAAAUUGAAUUCUGAAGAUAUUUCUGCUGAAUUAUCCUUCGCUGCUGGUGAGAGGAUGUGUGAAUCGGUGAAGGUAUUUUUACUUCUUCAUCAGCUUCAAAUUUUCUCCCUUGGUAGGACGUUGCCUGAACAGCCACCUAUCCAUCCAAUUGAUAUCCCAGAAACAUCCCGUGCCAAGGCAGUUGGUCUAGAUGUUUCAGGUCUGAAGCCAGGCACCGAAAUAAAACUUGUUCAUGCACUGCCUUGUCGGAUUUCAUUUGAAAGGGGCAAAGAACGUCAUUUCCACUUUCUAGCAGUUUCUGUGGGCACAUUGGGAUGGGUUGUUCUUGCUGAAGAGUUACCAUUGAAGCAGAUUUAUGGCAUAGUUCGUGUUGCUGCUCCCUUGGCUGGAACAAAUCCCAGAAUAGAUGAUAAGCAUCCAAGAUGGCUACACUUACGGAUUCGCCCAUCAACGUUACCAUUUUCAGAUUCUUCUAAACCUGGCACGCCCAGGGAAAUGAGGGCAAAAUCUCUAGUCGACGGGAGAUGGACCCUAGCUUUCAGGGAUGACGAAUCCUGCAAAGCCGCUUUAUCUAUGAUUCUGGAAGAGAUUGAUCUACAAAGCACCGAAGCGGAGAGAAGACUAAGACCGGUUCUCGACCUCGAACUGUAGAUUCUUCAAAUCUUUUUAAAUUUUCUAUAAAUACCCAUUCGAGGUUUUAUGUUUUUAGGUUCGAGCUUGUUGCCUUUGCAUCCUUUUGUAUAUGCCGGUAAGGCGAGCCCAGAUAUACCCCCUGCCGUCGAUUAGGUCCUCUGGUUUAGUGCCAUUCUUGGUAGGUAUUAGCUAAUCCCUUGUCUGAUGUUGUUAGUUUAUUCCCUUCAUAAUUGUUUACUCAUUCUUGAGCUUAGGCAUCCCCUGCCCCUAUCUCCUAAUUUUCGAAGU